UCAUAUUUGUUUUCUCUGUAUAAUUGUGAUGUGUGCCUUUUAGGUUCUGUCUCCUUAGUCUCUGUGUGUGUUUUUGUACAACAAACUAGAAACAGAGAUGAUGAUGAGAGGUGAAUUUGGAGAAGCUUCGUCUCCUCCGUCUCUCUCACGUUCUCCUUCUUCUCCUCUUCAAACCCAAUCACAUUAUCACCACUCUCAAAACUUCAAUCGUCAAUAUCAAAAUCUCUUUCCCGGUGACUCAUCUUAUAGUUCGAGUAGGUUCCCUCUCCGAUCUCCGUCGGAUUACUCUCUCUCGAGUUACUUCUCAAACGGGCUGUGUUCUUCUGAAGAUGGUUCGUCUCAGUUCGCUUCUCCUCCACUCGAUGGCAUGAUGAACAAGUACAAUCUUGGUGGUGACGAUUUGGGUCUUUGCGAAAGUUUCGAUCUUUUGAAUGUUGGAGAAGAAGAAGACAGGACUCGUCAUGUACGAACUGAGACUCAUCAUCACCAAAACCAAAGGAGCAAUUUUGGUAACUAUGAAGCUAGUGUUGAUGGUGGAUUUAGAUAUUACUCUGGUUUCGGUUUUGAUCAAAAGGAUCAACCUUUACAAUUUUCCCCAAAUCAAAAGGAUCAAACUCUCAAUUCUGUGAAUCUGAGUUGUUACAGAGAGACUCUGAGUCCUUACAUGAACAAUUACUCUGUUUCAUCAAUGGCUCAUCGGGGCAUUAGCAGUAACAUGCAUCAGAGUCCUCCUAAAGUAUCUGAAUUCCAGGGAUAUGUUUACUUAAUGGCUAAAGAUCAGCAUGGAUGCAGAUUCUUACAGAGGAUCUUUGAAGAUGGAAGUGCUUUAGAUGCUAUGAUCAUUUUCAGUGAGGUGAUUCCUCAUGCUGUUGAGCUUAUGAUGGAUCCUUUUGGGAAUUACUUGAUGCAGAAACUUUUAGAUGUUUCUAAUGAAGAACAAAGAACACAGAUCAUACUCAUGGUCACUUCUGAACCUGGUCAGCUUAUUCGAAUAUCCCUCAACGCUUACGGUACUCGAGUUGUCCAGAGAUUAGUGGAAUCACUCAAGACCAGGAAGCAGAUCUCUCUGGUGAAAUCAGCUCUGAAACCUGGAUUUCUCAAUCUCAUUAGAGAUUUAAAUGGGAAUCAUGUGAUACAACGUUGCUUACAGUGCCUUAGCACAGAAGAUAACGUGUUCAUCUUUGAAGAUGCUACAAGGUACUGUAUCGAUAUCGCUACACAUCGGCAUGGAUGUUGUGUGUUACAAAAGUGCAUUGCUUAUUCCAGUGGACAACAAAGAGAGAAGCUUAUAACCGAAAUCUCAAGAAACAGUCUCUUCCUUGCUCAAGACCCUUACGGGAACUAUGCGCUCCAAUUCGUUCUAGAACUGAGGGAUUUCUCGGCGAUUGCAGCGAUGCUUUCGCAGUUGAAAGGGCAUUAUGUGGAGCUUUCGAUGCAAAAGUUCAGUAGCCAUAUGGUGGAACGUUGCUUAACACAUUGUCCAGAGAGCCGUCCUCAGAUCGUGCGUGAACUCAUCUCUGUUCCUCAUUUCGAUAUACUAAUCCAAGACCCUUAUGCCAAUUUUGUCAUCCAAGCUGCUCUUGCUGUCACCAAGGGUUCACUUCAUGCCACGCUUGUUGAAGUCAUCAGGCCUCACUCGAUUCUACGUAACAAUCCUUACUGCAAAAGGAUUUUCUCGAGGAAUCUCUUGAAGAAUUAAUGAAAUUCAAAAGGCUCUUUCUCUGGUGGACGAGUCUGUAAUUUCAUAACUUGUUGUUGUGUUUCUUCUUUCCCAAGUUUGUUUGUUGCUAUGAAUAAUCACAAACCCCCCUGCUUAGUAAUCACUCUCUAGGCCAUGUCUACUAUGCAGACUAUGUUCUCCUGUUGUUGUCUUUUUUUUUUUUUUUUUUUUUUUUUUUUUU